AUAUUUUGUCCAGGACAGCCGGGAGGAAGGGCUCAAUAAAGCACAAGUUUUGGUGGCUCUUAACACCCACAACAACAACAACAACUAAUUGUGUUUUUAAGUCCAUGGUUUGGUGUAGAAGAUAUGAUGGCACUUAGAAGAAUAUCACAGCAAGGCCUGUUAACCAACCGAUUAUUCUACUGUGUUCAUAGAGAACAGUGGGCACAGAGUUCCUUCAGAGGAAUUGAACAGAUGACAAAAGUGACAAGCAGUAUGCGAAGCAAACAAUAUUCUCUAAAUUCAGUUUUAUAUGACAGUAAAAUUUAUAAUAAUGAGAAUAUUGCUGAGAAUAAUAAGUCUGAAUUAUCUGUCCAUCCUGAAGUGCCCUCCAUUAAAUUAGAAACAAAUAAUAUUAAAUGUAAAAUAAAUGACAAGUAUGAUAACGAAAAUGGAAAGGAUCUUUUCAAAAUUCUCAGGUCACACUUAAAAAACGUCACAAGUGGUAAACGGCAGUACAUUAUGGAUUUUGAUGUAGCAGAAAAGCUUGUGAGGCAUUUAAGUAAAGAUUUAGAGAAAGAAGAUGUAAUUGUGGAGUGCUCUCCUGGUCUUGGUGUUCUCACUAGAAAACUUUUGACGCAAACAAAUCAUAACAUAAUUGCUUAUGAACCUCAUGAGUCCCUAAGAUCCAGCCUUGUGGAUGUCCUAGGUUUGCAGUAUCCUUCACGUUUACACAUCUAUGAUCUUGAUGUGCAAAAGUUUUAUUCAUAUUAUAUUAGUGAAAGAAGAGACCCAGGACGAAAAUUACUACACAAACUUUUAUACCCCAUGUGUUUACAUGGGAACAGUGGUAUAUCUCCCGUCAAAAUUGUAGGAGUAAUUUUUGACAUGAAGUUCUUUGCAAGAUUGGUACUGAGUUUUGUAUUUCAGUGUUGUUUUUAUGAAGACAUUUUUCCAAUUUUUUAUUUAUAUAUUCCUAAUAGGAUUUUUGACAGAAUUGUAGUUGGUUCAAAGAACUUUUCAUACCACUACUUAAGUAUCCCUUUUCAAAUAUAUUUCCACCUGGAGCAUCUGGAUGUGGCAUCCAGGUCUGGGUUUUACCCUCCUCUGAGGGCGCAUGGAAGGAAUACUAGGAUGGCGCCUGGAAGCAAUAAUAUGUAUCUGGUCAAGAUAUCACCAAGGAAAGAGCUGUGGGAAAUGAUAUCAAAAGAUGAGUUGGAGAAAUUUGAGUUCUUCAUGAACACAGUGUCUCGCAUCAAGAGAAAUGACACACUGCUCAUGUGUUUGGAGAGGUGGAUACCUGACUGUGGACCCCAGCUUAUUAAGAAUGGUUUGAAUAUAUUCAACCAUCCCAAGAACCUAACUCUGGAGCAGCUUCUACUAGCAUACAAAAUAUUCACCAACCUACCACUUUAUGAGGAAUCACCAUUCCAUAACCAGUGUAUACAGUUUGCAGCAAGACUUGGAGAAAAAGAUACGGAAGUAUCUGAGCAUCAAACAGUAACAGCCGCUAAUGAUGAGAAAGACAAAUUAUUGGACUCUUAAAAUAGUACUAUGUAUAUAAAAAAUACAAAUAAUCUGCAUUAAGGAGUACAUCUUGUACAAUAAUUGAUUGUGAUAUUUGUUGAUGCAGUACACUAGGUUUUCAGUUAUUCUUUUUUUUUUUUGUUACAUUUAAGAAGAGCUGUCAUCAGCAUUGUAUGGAGAGCUGCUCUCCAGGGGUCUCUAUUUGUGUAAAUUUUGCAUAAAAUUUUAAUGAUG